AGUCAUCCCCCACCACAAAACCGCAACCCCCGCCGACCCCCCGCGCUUGUCGUCACAUGUAUACCGCGCACGAGAGAGAGAGAGAGCGAGAGAGAGGGUUUAUGCGCGUGUUUUGUUUACCGCGGUCCACAAUGGCAUACAAUAUUGUUUUUGUAGCGAGUUUCUUCCUCCUCAGAUUCAAUUUUUCAGAGGCUCAAAUGGUUCCAGCCAUGUUCGUAUUUGGAGACUCACUGGUAGAUGUUGGCAACAACAAUUUCCUAGAUCUUUCCGUUGCAAAGGCAACUUUGCCUUACUAUGGCAUCGACCUCCCUACCAAAAAACCGGCCGGCAGGUUUACGAAUGGCAUGAAUGCUGCAGAUUUUCUGGCUAAGAAAGUGGGCCUUCCAACUUCCCCACCAUAUCUUUCUCUGGUAAACGAGUUCAGCAAGAAUAAAAUGUCGUUCCUGACCGGUGCUAGCUUCGCCUCCGGAGGUGCUAGAAUCUUGGAUCGCACAGACCCGUAUGCGUUCCAGUCCGUGCAUUUGACACAACAAGUAGACUAUUUCUCAACUGUUUAUGAAGACCUGUACAUACAGCUAGGAUCCUCUGGUGCAGAAAGGCUUCUAUCCAAAGCAAUAUUUGCCAUUGUGAUUGGAAACAAUGACAUCCUUGGCUACUUCAGGUCGUCCGAUCUCCGCAACGAGACUACCCCACGGCAGUAUGUGGAUUCAAUGGUUCUCACACUAGAGGCAAAAUUGAAGUAUUUAUACAAUCGUGGUGCCCGUAAAUUUGUGAUUACUGGGAUAGCAACACUUGGAUGCUGCCCGGCAAGAAGGAGCGAGACCAAAAACGAAGAAUGCAAUGAAGAAAUGAAUUACUGGUCUGUUAAGUACAAUGAAGGCCUUGUAUCAAUGUUGCACGAAUUGAAAUCAGAUCUGAAAGACCUAUACUACUCAUACUUUGAUAGUUAUAAAGUCUUGCUCAACUUCAUCCAGAAUCCGGCUGCUUAUGGAUUUGUAGAGGUUAAAGCUGCCUGUUGUGGGCUGGGAACCCUUGAUGCAGAAAUAUUUUGCCUGCCAAUUGCAAACUAUUGCUCCAACAGAAGCGACCAUGUAUUUUUUGAUCGAGUCCAUCCUACAGAGGCAACUUAUCGCAUCUUUGUGGAUCAUAUUUUUGAUGGUUCAUCACAAUACACAUUUCCAAUGAAUAUGAGGCAGCUAGUAGCCAUUUAAGGGCUAGUAUGAGAACUAGAGUAUUUUCAGAAUACUACACUAUUAUUUAUUAUUUUAUUAUUAAUUUUCACAUAAUUUUUAUUACUUUUAACUACUAUUUAACAUUUUAUCAUUACUUUUUCAUUACUAUUUCCAGAA